CCGCAUGAGUAGAAAGAUACAUAAUUGUCAACUGCGUUUGUCUGUUCUAGUUAAGUGCAUAAGUAGAGAGCCCCUUCCAGAGUGCCCCUAGGAGGACAUCCCGCUUUCUUUUCGUGCCGCGCCGGAAAACCUUGUUCGCCUAAACCUAAGGUUGCAUCCUGAUGUUUAGGUGACAGGCAGGGAUGAGGCUGGCAAGUGCGCCAUAGUGUUGCGAGCCAACUCAGAAAGGCGCCAUAUCUACGGAGACUCUGGGCUUUGGGAAUUCCUUACUCUUAAUAUGGGGCCUCAUGGCAGCCGGAGUCGAAGCAGGAGCCCAAAGCGGCAGCGCAGGGACCGAGCCGGCAGCGGCAGUCCUCGCGGCGGUCGCAGCCGCUCUCCGGGUCGGCGGCGCUUCAGCCGCAGCACCAGUCGCAGCCGCUCACCUCCGGGCUUUGGCAGCGGCCGGAGCGGCUUGAACGGUUACUCACCCACCCGGGCCGGCAACUACGGCGGCCGGUUCGUUCCCGGAGGUCUCGCAGCCGGGCCCGGGCGGGGGGGACCUGGAGGAGGAGGUGCAGGAGGAGGAGGCGGUGGGGGCAUGCCGGGGGCCUCUCCGCCGCCCUGGGUCACGAACGCCCGCCUCGCGCCGCAAGUCAAGAUGGUCCUGGAGGGGCUGUACGGCAGGGGCAAGCUGGGCCCGGGCGACCUGGAGUACGCCUGCAUCGAGUUCCUGGAGCUGCUGGGGCCCGUGGGCGGCAUGGCGGUGCUAGAGGAGUUUGCGUCGCUGGACUUUUUCCGCAUACGCAACCUCACCGCCUUCUUCAUCGGCAUCUGCAAGCGCGUGCAGGCUCGGGCGCCGCCGCCGCCUGGACGGCCCAUGCGCGGAGGUGGUGGCGGUGGCGGAGGAGGCGGUCCUGACGGCGGCUCGCCGCCUCCUGGUGCGGGUGGCGGUAUGGGGCUCGGCGGCUAUGGCGGCAUGCGUGGCAGGCCGAUGACUCGCGGAGGCGGAGGGGGUGGCGGAGGUGGUGGCGGCGGAGGAGGGGGGGGAGGUCCGUCGCGCAUGAGCCGGAGUCCCGGUGCGGGUCCGGGCAUGCGCCGUGCGAGUCCGCCGCUUCACUUCAUGAUGGAGGACAACAGCCCGCCGCCGCGGAGGUGGGUGAGUAAGAGCCCGCCGCCGCGCCGGUGGGUCAGCAAAAGCCCCCCGCCGCGGCGGUACGACAGCAAAAGCCCGCCACCGCGCCGGUGGGUGAGUCGCAGUCCGCCGCCGCGGCGGUUCGAUAGCAAGAGCCCGCCACCCAGGAGGUGGGUGAGCAAGAGCCCGCCGCCUAGAGCGAGGGCGAACAACGGGGGUAGUAAGAGUCCGCCGCCGCCGCGGCGGUGGGUGAGUCGUAGUCCGCCGCCGAGGAGGGGAGGGGCGAGCAAGAGCCCGCAGGGGAGGCGGGCGAGGGGAGGGGGGAGCUCCAGAAGCAAGAGCCCGCCGACGCCUCCCAGCAACCUACAGCAGCAGCAGCAACAGCAGCCGAGAAGGAGGAGUACCUCACCGGCCAGUCAACAAGCUCGCCCGCAGCAGCAGCAGCAGCAGCAGCAGCAACAACAACAGCAGCAGGCAUUGCAGCAGCAGCAAGAGGGGUCAGCCGCUACUGCCGCCGCGGCUGUGCCUAAUGGUGGUCUUGCUGUGGUGGCGAACGCAGGCGCCGCUGCUCAGCAGACCGCCAGCAACACCAAUGUCAGCACCAGCAGCAGGACCUCCGCAUCAGGAGGAGCAGCAGGAGGUGAAAGCAACAAGGCUUGCGGAGGCAGCGCUGCCGCACAAUGUGACGGGGUUGCUACUGCUGCUGCUGCUGCUGCUGCUGCUGCUGCUGCGGAUAGCGGUGGCGCCACUGCUGCGGUCGCUGCCGGCGUGUCGUCGUUGCCGCCGCUACGGUCUGCUCGCGAAAGGGAGGCCGAGCAGCAAGCCGCCCGGCAACUCACGCAGCCCCCACAACCACCACAUCCGCAUGUGGAGGAAUCGGAGCCGGAUCAGGAGCAGCAGGUGCAAGGAGAAGCGGCGCCGGCGGUGUCUGCGUCAGCGCCGGCGCCUGCACCACCCUCCGCAGCUGGAGCUGUUACCGGCGGUGGCGGGGAGUCGGCAGCUGCUGCUGCAGGGGCCCCCGCAGCCGGUGUUGGCGGUGGCAGCAGCGGCGCGGGAGGUGAUGGUGGCGAGUCGCUUAUAAGAAGAUGCAGCGACGGUGGCGGCGGCAGCUGUCACGAGUGCCGCGCUCAGCCUCGCACAAGGCGCUCCGCCGGGACUGCUCUGGACGAGCCACCUGCCCUGCACCAACCUACACGGCUGUCCCCGCGGCCCCCCUCGCAGCCAGCUACCCAGCAUGCCUCCCUGCCUGCCAAACAGUACCUGCAGCCCCAACAGCAACCUGCGCCCGCACCGCAGCUGCAUGCAGCCUCCGACGCCGCCCACAGCGAGUGCGGCACGUCGCCCUGCGCACAGGCAGCGACGUCCCCUGCCGCCAAUGGGGCGGCCGCCGCCACCAUUGUAGCGAGGCUACCCGCUGCUCCUGGUGUGUUAUUACCGGACACAUCCACCCAUACAUGCGAACGUACUGCCUCUGCCGCCGUCGCAGCAGCAGCAGCUGCGGCUAACGCGGAUGCCUCCGGAGCUACAGCGGUAGCGGCUCAAGAUGACCCAUGGGUCGCUCCGGCACCAGCAGUACCUCAACCCGCAUCCUCGGGUACAUCAGGCUCUGGAGCGGCCGCAGCAGCAGCAGCCGGACGGACACCACCUGACGCAACAGCUGCUACGGCUGCUUGCACUGUUGCUACUGCCGCCGCCGCCGCUGACACCGUGUCACUGCCAUCCAGUAGGAUGUGCGGCACAGGCGGUACGGAAGCUGUAGCGAAUGGUACGACAAGCCGGCGGAUCGAGGACGGCGACCCCGACGAUGAAGUUGAGCUGCUGUUAGAGCCGGCGGCGUUACUGGAUGUGCGGCUGGUUUCGGCGGCUGCUGCUGCGUUGAAUAAUGCAGGGGCGGCGGCCGCGAGCACAACCCCCGCAGCUGCUUUUGGUGGAGUUGCAGCCCUGUGCGGCGUUGGAUGCGGUGCGGGAGCUGUGUCAGCUGUGCCGUGCUUGUACGAUCCGCCCAUGCCGCUCACCGCAUGUCCCCUUGGUGGCUGGUUGGCGGCGGAAGCGGCUGCCAGCGUUCACGGUAGCAGCAGCAGGUGCAGCGGCGGAGGCCGUGGGGGCUCCGACAGUGACGUUGCAGGGACAACGGCGGAGGUGGCAAAGCUUGGACAGUGCCAGCGCAGUCCCUUCGCAGUGGCCGUGAAGGCUGAGCAGUCACCGCCCCCGAGCAGUACCCGAGGGCAGGAAGCGGGCGCACUGCCGCUUGCCUCCUCUGCCUUAGAUCAGCCUGCUGCAGACGAUGCUGACGCCAUGGAUAUCGACACCUCCCUGGAUGCUGUGCCUACGACAAAAACAGCCGUCCUCACAGGAGCCGGCUUGCAAGCCCUGAAGCAGGAGCCGCAGCAAAACCAGCAGCAGCUGUUGCCCUUGGGCCCCAUCACCUCUAGUUCCGCAGCCCUCAAGCCCCAAGCUACGGAUCCGCACGCAACAACGGCAUCCGCAGACGGGGGGUUGGGCGAGUGCGGUCCCGCCGGUGGAUUGGGUUGGAUCCUGGGCGGCAUCUUGAGCCAGGCUUUGUCGGCGGCGGCGGGCAGCAGCGGUGGUGGCGGUUGUGAGGGCGGGGUGUUGCGGCAGGCGGUCACGGAGCAUGUGAAGGAGGCGCUCAAGCCGGCAUGGCGGGCGAACCGGCUGACCAGGGAGACCUUCAAGGCGGUCGCCAAGAAGGCGGUCGACAGGGUGCUUGUCACGCUGCCGAGCAACGGAGUGGGCAGCAUGUACGACUGCCCCUCCGCAGUCGCCUCGUUCCUCAGCGACGCCCGGCGGGAGGCCAUCAACCGCCUGGUGGAGGCCAUCCUGCAGCGGCUGGUGCCUGCAGCCAACCCCGGCGAGGGUGCUGUUGGUGCUGCCGGCAACGGUCAUCAUCACAACGCCGGCGGUAGCAUGCAUGCCGGCAUCCAUGGCAGUGCAGGGAACGUGCAUGGCAGCGGCCAUCUGGGUGUGGCGGCGGCGGCAGCUGUCAGCCCAACUGCUUGCAGCUAGCUGGGGAGGUGCAACUGCCGACUCCAACCGCCGCCUGCAGCUGGGGAGGCGAUGCCACCCGUGCAGCGCGGGACCUGGCGGCGCAAUGUAACUGCAAGCCCAACCGGGGUUUGUUACUUUAGGAACGGGUUGCCUCAGCGUCAUCCGCUCAUACUAGAACAUGGAAUAAGAACUGCACCAGCAACUGUCAUACACCGCACUUUUGGUUGGUGUCCAUCGUGAAUGCCUUAAUGUUAUAUGCGCAAAUGAUGAAUUUCCUGGCAUGUGCCCCACAUGUAUACUGGAUCACCGGGGGGGGGAGCUGUCUCUUCACAGCGCUGGGGGCGUGUUUCUGCACUGCUGCAUGGACGGCAUAGCCAGGGGAGCCGCUGCGUCAUGAACUGCCUGACUUGAUACGAGGUCGUAAUGCUUGUCGUGAUCCUUGGCAGUGGUGGUGGUCGUACCACUGAGCCGCAUAGCGUGUGGCAAAGCAGCAGUUGGGUGUGUACGUCUGAGCCCUAGUGCAGCGGCAGCCAUUGACGGGCUGGUGGGGUUGUCCUGCGUAACCCGACUUGGUGAAAGCGAUGACGAUCCUGUGACGGGACCAUUGAGCUCCUCUUUUCUGAUGGCCGCUUGGGACGGUCUGGAUGGUGAAGGAUGUCCAAGCCCUGUACGGAAUUGAGGACACGUAGGGUUGGGUGGCUUGCGGAUGCGUCCGUGCGGGUGGGGUGCCGCCGUGACACACAUGGGUUGUGGAUGGGUGUCCGGGAUGCGACCUCACUAGUGCUCCUUCUAUGCGUACAUCGACCCAUGCACCGACCAACCACUUGAGCGAUAGUGCCUGCACCUGUGGAGGGAACGAACGAGCUCUUACUAUGCUGCAUGAUGCAUGUGCGGAUGUACCGGUAUGUGGUAGUUGGGCAACCCCUACCUGCCUCGUGUCGACAUGGCCGAACGACACCUGGCUGAGCGUGUGUGUUAUAUGGGUUUGGGGUACUUGCAGACGGGUUGGAUGAGUCACGUCGAGGACAGGGACGGCUUUUUUAGUCGGGAGGGGAGUGCAUGCAUGGCUGCCAAGGGGGAAGCCCCCUCCUAAACGCAGCAUUCAUCAGCUUGACAUGCUUCCUUGGUCUCUUGUCUUGGCGUCCUUUUGAGGGUUGUUUGUUCGAGGCAUGUAUAUGUGAUGCUCCCUCGGACCCAAAUGGCCUUAGUGAAAGCAGAGCAGUUUCGGGGCGUCCCGGUGAUGGGCAAUGUAGUCCCUAGACGGCAGCGCUUCGCACUCAAAUUUUAGGAGGUGACUGUAAGACGGUGGCGAUAUGCGUUGAUACUCUUUACCUGUUUCAAGCCAUUUGCAGCCCAAGUAUGCUGUGCGCGACGACCUCCUGGUGAAACCAUGUCGAGAGGUGGCAAUCUAAACUACU